UAGGUAGUAUGCAUGACAUCUGCAUGCCAUCCGGGGCCCUACACUGUCGAGGAUAGACCCGAGCAGCCACACCGCCAUGAGUACCUCCAGUCAUGGCCAUGCCCCCUGGUAACCAUUGUGAUGGCCCUCCCAGGUGCCAGCUAAUAUGUGGCGACUGGCGAGACGGCCCUUAUUUGGUAAAGAGGGAGCCAGGUUAGGUAAAGUAAGGUAAGCAUUGGCGGACCAGGUCGGGACUAAGAAGUAAAGACCGUGAUCAUUAUUCUUCUGCCUGAUAGCCCAGCACUUGGCCAAGGUAAACACUCAGCACUUGCUGUCUCAGUCGUUCUUGACACUGUAGAUUCCCCGCGCCGACUCGGACAGCAGCAUGGCCAAGUCCAAGUUGUCGCUCCACCAAGGGCGCCUGCUCCAAUGGGCACUGCUCGUAAUGCUGCUGCCUACGCCGACGCUGUGCGGCUCCAUGGCGGCAUGGUGGACCGACAUUGGCCCGUCCUUCGCCAUGCAGAACGCCUCGACGGGGCUCAUCACGUACAGUCUCUGCCACAGCAACAACACGCCGCUCUACCCCGUCGACCCUCCCCUGACCUUUGACACGACGUACGCGCCCAAGAACGGCACCUCGCUGGCGGCGACGGGCUGGUUCGACAAGACAACCACCUGGGCGUCCCUGUUCUACCAGAACAACAACGAUGAUAUCGUCAACGCCAUCUACACGUGCGAUUUCAAGACCGGGCGGUACAUGCACCAGGACAGCCUGGUCAUCUCGGACCGCGCGGGGACACCGGCCCCGCACGCGCAGACGGGCCUCUCGGUGACACUGCUCGGCGAGCAGGAGGGGUACCGCGUGUUUUUCCAGGACCGUUCCAGGGCUCUGCAGUCGUUGAAAUUCACCCAGGUCGAGAGCUGGUCCUAUGGCGGGCCCGUGUCGACCAACACGCACCGCUCCGGCAUGGCGAUCAGCUCCAUGUUCUCUGGCGUGCGGAACGUGACCGUCGUAACCCCCCGCGAUGAGGCCAACAUGGAGGUGACACGUUUGAACAUAGACGGUGCCUGGCACAUUUCAACAUUCCCCACCCCCCUCAGCGGCCGUAACAUCACCAACCUGUCCAACGCCACCUCCUUCCCCUACGACAACAGCACCACACCAUCAUUCACCCUCGACGCCUGGUCCGGCAACCCCAAAGCGCUCGGCAUCGCCAUCGACACCCUCCUGACCCGCCACGUCUUUUACAUGGGCACCGACGGGUACCCGCGCGAGGUGGCCUCCUUUGUGGUUGCCAACGGGGGCUCCGAGGGCCCGGCCGAGAGCGCGUGGCGGGCGCAGCCCAAGCAGGCGACCGAGUUCUGGCCGCGCGCCGCUGACGGGGGCGACGCUGACUUUGCUAUUGCCAGCGACAUUGGCGAGAGCGUUAUCCGCUUGUACUAUUUUGUUGAUGAGGUGAAUGAAGGUGGGCGGCGGCUUGUCGAGGCGCGUUACCGUAACGGGAACUGGGACCCUGCCGCUCCGUUGCAGACGGCCAAUGUCACGGCGGCUGCUACUGCGGGUGACGGGACCGGGAAUGGGGAAGCGGGGCAGUCAGUCGAGGGGGGUAGUGGGGGGUUGUCGACUGGCGCGCAGGCUGGUAUUGGGGUUGGUGUGGCCGUCGGGGUGUUGCUACUCGGGGCCGCGCUGGGGUGGUGGGUGUUGCGCUGGAGGAAGGGGAAGGCGGGCAAGAAGGUGGAUGAGGAGGGCGCGGCGGGGGGCAGCAGUGGCGGUGAUGCUCCCGGUUCGGAGGGUUCCGCGGCGGAUGGCACCAGGGUGGACAGCGGUAUGAGCCAGGCCUUGUGGGAGACGGAUGUCAAGGAUACUGUCAUCAGUUCCGAGCCGAGGGAGCUCGACAGCCCGGACCCGAAAACCGAGCUGCCCGAGUCCGGGGAUCGGAACGAGUUGCCUACGAAUAAAAACGUGCCGGAACUGCCCUAGGGCUUGGUUGAAAUGGAGUGAAAAAGGAGUGGCGGUUGGAGUGUGGCGGAUGUGGCGCAUAGCUCUUCAGUUGUUCAUCUCGGGUACGGUUCUUCAGGACCUAGGGAUAGUAAGGACGGUCUUUGCGGGGUGUACGAACCUGUUUCUCUAGCAUUUUCCAUUGCAGAUAUCCUUUUGCAUCACCAAUGAAGUACCAGUCGAAGAAGUUGA